AUGGGACAACCAAAGCUCACCCUAUAUGUCGACAUCCUGUCUCCAUUCGCCUACAUGGCGUACUACUUAACAAGGAACUCCCCCGCCUUCCAAUCCCUCCCCAUAACCUACAUCCCCAUCCUCCUCGGCGGCCUAAUGCAGCAGGCCAAAAACCAACCCCCCCUCAACAUCCUCAACAAAGACAAGUGGAUCAACGCCGAACGCCUGCGCUGGUCGCGGGCUUUCAACAUCCCCAUCGCGGAAGAAACGCCCUCCCCCUUCCCGCAAUCCACCGUCAACACCCAGCGCGCGCUCGUAUACCUCUGGCUCAAAGAGCCCGAGGGGGUCCUGCCGCGGGCGCUGGACGCGCUGUACCAUGCGUUCUGGGUGGAGCGGAAGACGAUCGGGAAGGUGGAGGUUAUCGCGGAGGUGUUGGGGCCGGUGUUGGGGGCUGAGGGGACGAGGAGGUGUUUGGAGGGGGUGAAGAGUGAGGAGGUGAAGCAGGCGUUGGUGGGGAAUACGAAGAGGAGUUUUGAGGAGGGGGCUUUUGGGUUGCCGUGGUUUGUGGCGGAGAAUGAGAAGGGGGAGAAGGAGGGUUUCUGGGGCGUGGAUCAUAUGGGGCAGUUGUUGGAGUUUUUGGGUAUCGAGCCUUCGGGGGAGAAGGGAUAUAAGUCCUUGCUGUAA